AUGCCGCUGUGCCCGAAGCCUCCUGGCCUCUCGUCACCCAGACUGACUCGCUGUGACGCCACGGCUUCCUGCCACCGUGCUGCGCAGGCCAGGGAGGCUCUGCGGAAGAUCAUCACCACCCUGGCCGUGAAGAAUGAGGAAAUCCAGAACUUCAUCUACUCCCUCAAGCAGAUGAUGCAGAAUGUGGAGGCCAACUCGUCGCGGGCGCAGGAGGACCUGGAGGGCGAGUUCCAGUCGCUGUACGCACUGCUGGACGAGCUGAAGGAUGAGAUGCUGAUGAAGAUCAAGCAAGACCGCGCCAGCCGCACCUACGAGCUGCAGGCCCAGCUGGCGGCGUGCGCCAAGGCCCUGGAGAGCUCGGAGGAGCUGCUGGAGGCGGCCAACCAGGCCCUGGGGACGGCCAACCACCACGACUUCCCCCAGGCUGCCAAACAGAUCAAGGAUAGCGUGACGAUGGCACCCGCCUUCCGCCUCUCGCUCAAGGCCAAGGUGAGCGACAACAUGAGCCACCUGAUGGUGGAUUUUGCCCAGGAACGCCGCCUGCUCCAGGCCCUCGCCUUCCUGCCAGUGCCCAGCACCCCCGAGAUCGACCUGGCGGAGUCGCUGGUGGCUGAUAACUGUGUGACGCUGGCCUGGAGGAUGCCCGACGAGGACAGCAAGAUUGACCACUACGUGCUGGAGUACCGCAAGACCAACUUCGAGGGGCCGCCCCGCGCCAAGGAGGACCAGCCCUGGAUGGUGGUCGAGGGCAUCAAGGGCACCGAGUACACCCUCUCUGGGCUGAAGUUUGACAUGAAGUACAUGAAUUUUCGGGUACGGGCAUGUAACAAGGCUGUGGCGGGCGAGUUCUCUGAGCCAGUCACUUUGGAAACAAGAGCGUUCAUGUUUCGGCUGGACGCCAGCACGUGCCACCAGAACCUGCGGGUAGAAGAGCUCAGCGUGGAGUGGGACGCCACGGGUGGCAAGGUGCAGGACGUCAAGGCGCGCGAGAAGGACGGCAAGGGCAGGACGGCCUCACCUGCCAACUCUCCUGCCAGGGUGGUGCAGUCGCCCAAGAGGAUGCCCUCGGGGCGUGGGGGCAGAGAUCGCUUCACUGCCGAGUCCUACACGGUUCUAGGUGACACGCUGAUCGAUGGGGACGACCACUACUGGGAGGUGCGGUACGACCGGGACAGCAAAGCUUUCGGCGUGGGGGUGGCAUAUCGCAGCCUGGGCAAGUUCGAUCAGCUGGGCAAGACCUCGGCCUCCUGGUGCCUCCACCUCAACAACUGGCUGCAGGUCAGCUUCAGCGCCAAGCACGCCAACAAGGCCAAGGUGCUGGACGUGCCCGUGCCCGACUGCAUCGGCGUCUACUGCAACUUCCAUGAAGGGUUCCUGUCCUUCUACAACGCCAGGACCAAGCAGUUGCUCCACACCUUCAAGGCCAAGUUCACACAGCCGGUGCUGCCUGCCUUCACGGUCUGGUGCGGCAGCUUCCACGUCUCCUCGGGCCUGCAGGUGCCCAGCGCGGUGAAAUGCCUCCAGAAACGCAACAGCACGGCCAGCAGCUCCAACGCCAGCCUGCCCUAG